AUGGACUGGAAAAUCUUAAAUGUGUUGGAGGAGUUGUUCCUUAUCUAUAGACCAACGUCAACGGACUGUCUUACUAUUUUCAAGCAAAGUUUCAAGAGAUUUGCGAGCAACUAUAAGUCGAAUGAUGCUCGCUUGAAUACUGCCACGAAGAAGCUAUACGACAAUUGUAAUAAAGUGUUGGCCACUGACCCCGCGAAAUUGAUCCUGUGCAAGCAGCGUGUUGAGCAAUUGAGCUCUUUGCAUCAUUCAUUUGUGGUCGAGGAAGUCAUCAAGGACAAGAAAGAAGCACUUCAGUCAAGUUCAUUACAAUCAACACCGUCACCAACAACAGCAUCAGCUCAAUCCUUAUCCAAAAGAGGUCCCGAUGAAUCUUCAGCUCUCAAUCCUCAAAAGAAAAGACCUAGACGAUUAAGUGCUAAUUAUCUCAACACCUUGACCUUGAAUGUACAAUUAGAAUGUCUCACAAAUGCUUAUGGCAGACACAACAUGUUGGAUUUUGCAUCUCCAGGGCUGAUCCCAUUAAGGCUUGCAAGCGUCGUUAAGUGA